GUCAAGACAAAGAUUUGCGCCUCGUCUCGCAUCCUUCCCCCUCGCCAAUCUUCAUUGUUUGGGUUGGAAAUCAUGUCCGGAUCGUAACAGGCAACUGAGCCACGCGCUUCGGGCAGGAGGGGGAGAUGGCAACACUGCCCACCCGCUGGUUGCGGGCCCUAGGAGAGGACCUCGGGGGGUCAUCGGGGUCCGCUCUCGUGCAGCCGGUCACCUAGCGUGUGCGAGACGGAAGCGGGUCGACUGUGCAUGCUGUACUCGACUGUGCAUGCUGUACUCGACUGUGCAUGCUGUACUCGACUGUGCAUGCUGUACGCGACUGUGCAUGCUGUACGCGUAUUCACCUGGAUCCCUCCAAUGGAGCGAUGCCUGGAGUCGUGUUGGCUGCGGGCGACUCCCGCGGAUUAUCAUAUGUGGCCAGCCUCGCCCUUCCGUGCCUUUUGGAGCGUGUUUGGUUGCAACCAAGGAUUCAAAGCUACACGGGCCGUCGUCUGCACUAAUUGCUUGUUCCUCCGGCCCGGAAUAGCUACGGAUAGUCACUUCAGUUGCGAGGCCAGACGUCGUGAUUCGCUGGUAACCGGACCCGACAGUUUGGAAGCGAAUAGGAUGCUGUGCUCCCCCAAAUCGCCGGCGGCUAGCAAUUGGAGGGUCGAGAGUGAGGACUGAGAUGCUGGGGGCAGUGGACUGACGGAGUCAUACAUUGCAGCGAUAUGACCC